GCGAGAACAAGCAUACCACUCCAUCGAGGAAGCGGCUUUUAUUAAUCGAGCACAAUAAUGGCCACAGCUACCCGACAAAUCCGUUGUUUUCUACUUGAUCCAGUCGAUAUUGGAGUGUCACUGAUGUCUCGGUUGUCGUCCUGAAGACGCCAUUACCUCCGGUGAGAGAGCACAAGGCAGACCACGCUGACAACGCGGUGUUGUCAUCCGUUGUUAGUCGCAAGCUAAGUGGCAUCUUGUCCUUCAGCCAGCCCCGACUGGUUCUGCUAUCAUGCGUCGACCCUACCAGCGACCACCUAACUACACCCUGAAAAUAAAUAACUGAAGAAUUCAACGCUUCUCGGUUGAAGUCCUGUCCUGGUUGAUCUUGGUCCUUGUCUUACUGAAAUCAUGUCUGGCUCAGGGGACUUACCAGCCUUAGAGGGCUCAGGGAUGGGCGGGAUGAGGCUUCCCGUCGGGAUGACCCGACGAGCCCUCAGCUACGAUGAUAACCUGGAGGCCCCCAUGUCCACGCCCCCCCAUGACAUCAGCAUCAACAAACUGUGGAGACGGCCCGUCAUACCGGAGAGGAAGUUUAACCACCUAGCUGAGGAGGAUGAGAGUGGUGCAGUGAGUCGUUCUACAGUGAUGGACAGCGCCCCCUCCAGGUUACCAGUUGUAGUGAAAACCAAGGCCUCCUCCAUCAUCAUGAAUUCUCUCAUCACCAAGCAGACUCAGGAUAGCGUGUACAACUUUGAGCAGCGGGCCGGGCUCACCGACACCAGCUACACUCCCCACAAAGGCCUCACCGCUGAGGAGACGAGACACCACCACCGCAUGCCUGAAUCCCUCCAGAAACUACAGAUCCAGAGCAUGGAGGCCAGAGACGAGCGACAGAGCUCCUCCGCCCAGUCCACUCCAUCCAACACACCACACAGCUCCCCGAGACAACAACGCAGGGGCUGGUUCGGCAGUACGAGUUCAGAUGUCAGCUCCUCCAGCAGCAGUGUGGACCUGGCAGGAGGAGACAUGCCGGUUGAGCGGUGGAGCGUAUUCGGGCCUCGACCGAUCGUCCAGAAAUCGACUUCUGACAUAGGAUCAGACUCUGCCACAGCAGGAGGCUUUGCGCUGCAGGCAUAUCGCGGUGCCCAGAAGCCAACCGCUAUGGAGGUAAUGAAGUCACAGGCCACGCGCCUGGCUGACCACUCCGCCGCUCAGACAGUGGCUCCUCCCAGAAUGGAGAUUCCCACAGUGGAGGGUCGACGGGAGGGAGCGCGACCACACAAGCUCAAACCCAGAGACAUGAACGUCCUGACGCCCUCUGGCUUCUAAGAGGACGGACCACAUCUGUCACAGCUGCUCAUCACUCAGACGCCAAAGGUCCCAUGAAAUAAAAACUCUGAGUUGUUAUGGGUUUGGGAUGACAUUUUCAUCCACAGAUGUCAUAGAUUUUUGGGGUCAGCAAAUCGGUUUUAAUACAACUUGUGGCUCAUUUUUGUAGUUUUGUAUAUAAUUCCUGUUCAUACAUUUUCAGCAAUAUGACCAUUCUAUUCAACGUUGUGAAACGGCAACCGUUACAUGACCGUUACAUUUAGGCUCCAAAAUGUAAAAUUGGUUAAGUUCUGGAAAACAGAACAUGUUUUGGGUUUAAAUAAGUUACCUUUCGUUCGUAACUACUUAACGUAGUGACAUUGAACUUGACGUAGUUCCGUACGGAUGUUAACUUCUGUAACUUAAAACAACAAGGUUGACUUUUGGUUUCGCAAGGGAUACGAGCACUGCUCUCUCGGGUGAAUGUACAGUGUUUAGUCGACCCAUCUGUCCACCCCAACGUCCUUCUUACUCUUUUAUACCACAUCACCUGGCUGCCCCCUUUGCUCCUGUCAUGAUUACAACAGCUAUUAUACGUCACUGCCUAACACCAACACCAAAAUGGGUUGUAACGAUUACGUGGAUUAAUAUUAACAUAAUGAUCACGUUAAUAUACGAAUUACCGUGCAUUACUUUUUUCUUUUUAUGAAGGUGCCCUGCCACACACAUUUCAUUAGUUUGUGGUAAUGUCUAAAGUUCUGCCAUGGACUCUUAACAUUUUUUGUGAAAAAAGCCUUGGUUACCUUGGUUAUCUUGUUUCAAGCCAUUCUAGUGUGGUAUAGAAAGCCUGCAGGAAGGCUUGAUUUAUACCAGUUCUCAUUAAUAUUCAAAGAGCUAUGCUGCUUGACUCUGAUUGGCUAACAGCUAGCCAAUGAGAGCCUGGCUACCAGCAUCCUUUACCCAGCACAGCUGGGCGAACUCAUAAAUAGUAAUGACCACAGGCAACAUGACAUCAGACUGACCAGCUUUUUUUAAUUGACCUCAUUUCUUUAAUUUCUUUUCAGUGGCUAGCGCUGAAAGAGGAGGUAGCAGUUCAUUUUCACAUUCAUCACAUAACACAAACACAUAUGGACCUACCAUGUUUAAAACAAAAAACAAGUAAAAGCGGUUUUGUGUGGCAGGGCACCUUUUUUAAAGAUAAUGUUUUGGGCAUUUUAGGCCUUUUAUUGACAGGACAGCUGAAGACCUGAAAGGGGAGAGAGAGGGGGAAUGACAUGAAGCAAAGGUUGGUGGCAGUUGACAGGUUGGAGUCAAACCGGGCCCGCUGAGUCGAGAACUAAACCUCUACAUAUGUGUGCCCACGAUACCAACUGAGUUAUCUGGGCACCCCGUGCAUUACUUUUCGUAGGUAUAUGUAUGAUCAGUGAAUAAUAAUACUCAAAAAGGCAAUCCCUGUCAUCUGGGCUAGUGGCAACAUUACUAAAAAGAAGUCAGACCGGGCAGAUUGUAAAAAAACAAAAACAAAAAAACAAACAGGUUAGACAAACAUAUUUAGCAGAAAAAGACAAAGUCGUGUCGUCCUUAAUGCAAGCAAAAACUCAAAGCCAUUUCAUGGGACCUUUUUAACAGCAGCUCCGACAUUCAGAUCACCGCUGUUCUUCUGACCAUCUUUGGCACUGCUUUGAGGUGUUGACUGUGACGCUUGCCUGUAAAUUCAUACACUCUUAAUUGUUACAUCUAAUUGCAGCAUGCUGGCAUCAACAUGGGCUCAUACCAAUAAAUUCAACUUGAACUUCCGAGUCCAGGUUACCUGGAGAGCGGAACUGACUGAUCUUGAGGACUUUGUCCAGCUAAAGAUGAAGAUGAUGGUUUAAAAUGAUCCUCCUGUAAAUGCACUUUAUUCCCACUCUUCCCAUCGUAGAGUCCACAUGCUCAAUUAUCCAUGCUGAUGCAAAACCCUUCGGGUCACAAACCUCCUCCUCUUCUUCAGUGUUGAUAGUCUUUCCAUCCUGUUUGUUUUUAAAAUGUAUUAAUUAUCUUCCUAAAGGGGCAUUUUUAUUAAGAAAGGUGGGAAGAAUAAGUCUAACCACUUCCAUCACUGCGGUAGAAGACACAUCAAACCAGCAGUACAAAAACCUGAAAACAAUUGAACACUGAAACGUUUCUCUCAUUUGUUUUGCAUUCCACUUUCUAUAGAUGUUUUAAUUUAUAGAUUAAGAUUUUGGUUCCUUACGGAUCAGAAGAAAAAAGAUGUGUGUGUAAAAAUCAGAGGUACGUGUGGCCAGGGCUCUCACACUGACAUGCCGCAGUGUUUUCAGGUUGCUGGACUCAAUCAAAAUGGAACACUUAUAAGAACCAAAAAGGAGAGGGUUUAAGGCCUCUUUUAGUUUUGUGUGAGCUCAGUUAACAUGUCUGCCUCUGUUUUCUACCAAUGGUCAAAUAUAUAAAGAGUUUCUGUUUUUGUUUCUGAUGCGUUUUGGUGCUUAAAAUUAACGCUAUGUAACUUUUCUCACUUUGGUCCCUCUACAGGUUGUCUCAUUGGAACUACAGCUCGCCUGGCCGUAGUUCCAGUGAGAACCUGUAGGGCAAGGCUGCCCAAUUUGGGGCCCGCAGGCCAAGUUUGUGCUCUUUGUUUUGGCCUGCCAUGGAUUUAACAUACUCAUGCUUAUUUUUCUCUUAUUUUAAAAGGAAUGACUACAAAACGUACAUUUUGUGCAGUUAAAUAUUACGUAAUCUGAGUUUAACAAAUGUAAAGCACAUUGCUGUUAAACUUGCCAUUUAAAUUACAUAUGUACAUUUUGUCAUUACAUAUGUACAUUACGGUAUUCUUCAACAUCUACAUUUAUUUUUGGUCCGUUAUCCAGAUACAUUUUGGCCCUUCAUAUGAAAGAAUUUGGGCACCUCUUCUGUAGGGGGACCAAAGAGGGAAAAAUUACAUAGUGUUGCUUUAACAGCUGCAGUAUGCACUGUGACUGAAGAGAUAGAUGGUGUGCACACCGGUCGCAUCCUGCAGAAACCUUGUGUCACUCAGAAUAAGAGGAAGAGCUUUUCACUGACACUCUCUUGCUUUUGGCGUUUAAACACAAAUGCAGUGAAAGAAGUACAGGGUUUUGUUCUAGAAACUGCAGCGAGGUUUCAGCGGUUUGUCUUGCUAGAGAGGUGUCAAACAUUCAAGUUAGUGUUGUAGUCACGACAACCUAAACUAAGACCCAGUCAUGAACUCCGGACUUUAUCAUGACCAAGACUUUAAGGGAUCUAGACCAAGACCAGACCAGUGAAAGUCCCACACUGCAAGACAUACUUUAAAAUAAAAAGUGGAACAUGCAAACCAUAGGCACUCCUCCAAUUGAUCUGAAAGAUCCACAUUGUUUAUUCCCAUAAAAAUGGAAUGUAAUGAUGUUACUGCAGUUGUAAUCUUGACUGGUCUUAAAAUUAAAUCCUGAAAAAAUGCAGUCUAUCCCAAGACGACGCCUUCAAAAAGUGGUCUUGGGUCCGGUCUUGAGUACUACAACACUACAGUACUAGCUAAUAAAUGGGUCUUUAUACAAGGUUUUUGCAAGGUGAUGUGUGGGUGUGGAACUUUGUAGAGCUUAAUGAGUGCUGCGAUUCAUCUGUUAAAUGAAAUGAAGCACCGGGCUGAUUUUUGUUAUUUCACUUUUAUUAUUUCGUGGAAGCAGACUGUUUGCUGGUAAUAUAUCCUAUGUGUUAUGUGACCUACAGCAGUGGAAGU